AUGCCGUUCAUCCCGCCUGUGUCGAUCGCACGCUCUGUAUCAGGUCUGACCGGGAAGGAGAGACCCAUCAGCAACAGUUCGUCCACGACGACUGCGACCAAGACGAAGGCCCAAAGAGACGACAAAGGCAGCUCUGUGAAGGAGCGACUGGCUUUGAACCUCAAGCAGCUGGGCAAGAAAAGCCAACCCAGGAGUCAUCUGCCAACCACCAAAGGAGUGUCGGGGGCCGAGCUGCACGUUAAGAGAAGGGACAGAAUGUUGCCCUCAUCACAAACGGACAGCUUCCCCGCCUCCAGCUCGGGUGAGUCUCUGUCUAAGGCAGAGCAGCACAAACGCGAGCGGCAGAGCUCUGUGAGGAGCGAACCAGAGGUGAAGACGAGUUCCAGGCACGAGGAGGAGGCCCGCUUCACGCUGACUCUCACACCCGAGGCUGUUCUGCUGCUGCAGCGGAGGAACAGCGAGAGACGCCAACGCUCGGCGUCCAGAAACGCCGGAAGCAGAGGCGGUGUUUCUGGAGGCACCUCAGAGUCCAGACGCAGGAGGGAAAACGUCUCGAAAAGGCAUCAAACAGCAACGCAGAGACACAGCAGUUCAAACGGCGGCAGAGUCGCUGCUAUAAACAGCAGCGAGGCUGAACUCGGAGACAUAAGCUCCAUAAUGAAGAUCUCGCUGCUGAACGAGCAACACAAGUACGAUGAUGUGGAGUAUGAGGAAGAGGAGGACUUUGGUGUGGAUGAGCGCGUGGUGCUGAAGUGCACAGAGUGGCUGCGUGGGCUGGAGAACACACCAGUGACUGUGGGAAACAGCCUGAGGAAGAGCGCAAGCGGCGUGAAAACUUUCUGAGGAGCAGAAUAAGAAGUGCCGCUCGGCUGAGGCGUCACCUUCCAACCUGAGCGCGAACUGAAGUUUUCUGUCUCUGUGUCGGCUAGCUGCUGUUUGAGGAUGUGCUCGCGUUACUGCUGCGCCGUGUUUCUCUUGUGUUUGUUUCUAGGAUCAGUAGGAAAACUGCAUUGCUGUACGGCUCAGGUGUUCAUCCACUGCCACAAUGGUGAACUCUUUAUGAG